AAGAAAAUGUGUGUUUUGAAUCUUGUAAACUAGAUCACAACACAGUUCAAUAAUUAAGCUUACCAUACAUGUCCAAAUCACCUUAAAUAGAACAAUCCCAUGUUUCCAAAUGUAACCCUCCAAAACAAACAAAAGAUUCAAAAAUAUAAAGGCUGCAAACAAAACACUUGAGAAGAUGAUGAUGAUGACGACAAGAAGAAUGGAAGAACACAGUGUCUGUCUUUGUGUAGACAUGGAAGAAGGAGAAGAAGAGAAGGUGAAAAAAGGGAAGUGGGUGAGUGGGCUCGUGUUGGGUGGGGGUGGGUCGUCCUCACCGUUCCACGUGGCAACCUGGGAUUGGUUAAAGGUCGAGUCUUUUUCUCUUUCUCCGGAGUCACAAAAACCCAUGUCAGAGUGUUGGGUGUUGUGUUAAUUCCAAUUUCUUUCUCUCUAUUUAUGAGAUAUGAUAUAAACAAACACCUCCCCUUCGAUUCCCUAUUUUCCCCCUUUUCAUUCUUGCCCUAGCCAAACACACAAGCCCAUCUACCGGUUCAAUCGAUUUUGAACAAUACCCUUUUGGCUUUUAUAGUUUGAUCUACUGUUUCAGUCACUCAAAUUGGCGGGUUCAGUUACUUGCAAAUGUUUAAAACAAGAUGAAGGAUCCAGAUGUUACGAUGAAGAAUAAUGAGUUAUCAAUCAGUGACAUCAUGAAUGGAAACUGGGUUCAGAAGCGUAAGCGGAAAAAGAUUCCUUCUGGACCAAUCAAGCCCAAUGGCAACGCAACGGAUUCUGUGCCAUCAGAAUCUCACAUGACUACUUCACCAAAAGAUAAGUCAAAGGCAAAAGGACAUGAUGGGAACUACUACGAAUGCGCUAUUUGUGAUCUUGGUGGCGAAUUGCUCUGUUGUGACAGCUGUCCCAAGACAUAUCAUAUUGCUUGUCUGGAUCCGCCUCUUAAGCAAAUACCGAACGGGAAAUGGAAUUGCCCUAGCUGCUGUCUUAAUAAUCGUUCGGUUGAGCCUGUAGAUGAUGAUUCAGAUCCCUCCUCAAAGCGAACAAAAACUAACGUUACAAGUAAAAAAUCUAAAAUAAAAAAUAAAUCUGCCAAAGCCGACAAGAUUGUGAAGAAAAAAACGAUGAAAGAGAAAAAGGUGGUUUCAAGCCCUAAUGUCAAAAACGAGAAACAGAUUGAUGAAGAAGAAAAUAAGGUUACAGAGAUAGAGACGAAUGAAGAAAAUUCUGAUGAGGAUCAUGUUCCAACGAAGAAAGUCGUUCUUGGUAUAGAAAGUAUCAGAAAGAUAUCCAUGAAAAGAAAAAGAAAAAGUACAAGUAAAAGUAAAAUUCCAUCGGAUGAAGUUAAAAAAAAGCCGAAGACUGAUAAGGGUAAAAAUGGUAAAUCCCAUUUGGCAUCAAGCAGUUCUCAAACAAAGCAGAAGUCAGUUAAACAUACAAAGGCAAAAUCUUUGUCAAAAGACGACAUGGGAAGUGAGAUUUGUGAUGUCAAGUUUAAAGAUGAGGUUGAUAGGGUCUUAGGUUGUCGAAUUAUAGCCAUCGAGACAACUUUUGUGUAUAAUCAGUCUGCAACAGAGGCCGACAAGUCGUCUUCUCAGAAUCUUAAUGUGCCUGACAACAAUAUUGGACAGGUGGCGGAAAAUCUCACAUGUAAUGCAUCAGAUGUUGUAGAUGCCGAAAUAGUCAAUGAGGGCACAGAGAAUAUAUUGACCAAAGAUUGCAGUGAAGAAAAUGUGGUAGAUUUGGUGGCUCGACCCAUGGAUGAUCCUGGGCCCACCUCAACCGACAAGAAAAUUAAAGAUGAUUCUGCUUCAACUUUCAAUGAGUUAGCAAAACCAACUGAAGAGAUUCCAAGGGGAGACGGCACUAACUGUGUUUCAAGUUCUCUUGAAAUUAAAGACCAUAAGAUCGAUGAAGAAAACAAUGGUAAUGAGAAAAAGGAGUCUUACGAGUUUUUAGUCAAAUGGGUUGGGAAAUCUCAUUUACAUAAUACAUGGGUAGCGGAAUCGCAAUUAAAAGUUAUAGCAAAAAGGAAACUUGACAACUACAAGUUUAAAUAUGGAAGAACAGUGAUUAACAUUUCUGAAGAUAAGUGGAAAGUGCCACAGCGGGUGAUUGCUAAAGAUGGAUCUUCGCAUGUUUUUGUAAAGUGGACGGGCCUUCCUUACGAUGAAUGCACAUGGGAAAAGACAGACGAACCUGUUGUCAUGAAAUCGUCUCAUCUUAUUGAUUUGUUCAAUCUUUUUGAGCAACAAACACUAGAGAAAGAGGCUGCUAAAAACGAGACGUUUAAGGAAAAGGGUAAUGAUGUAAUUACUUUAAUUGAGCAGCCUAAAGAGCUAAAAGGCUUGUUAUUCCCACAUCAAUUAGAAGCACUUAAUUGGUUGAGGAAAUGUUGGUCAAAGUCAAAAAAUGUGAUCCUUGCUGAUGAAAUGGGUUUGGGUAAGACGAUAUCCGCUUCCGCUUUUUUAUCGUCGUUAUAUUUUGAAUUUAAAGCUAGGCUGCCAUCUUUAGUUUUGGUCCCACUUUCCACCAUGCCGAACUGGAUGGCUGAAUUUUCGUUAUGGGCUCCGAAUCUAAACGUCGUUGAAUAUCAUGGUUGUUCGCGGGCCCGGGCUUUAAUGCGUGAGUACGAAUGGCAUGCAAAUGAUCCAUUGACUUCAAUGAAAACAUCUAGUUACAAGUUCAAUGUUCUUUUAACCACUUACGAGAUGAUUCUGGCCGAUUCGGCUCAUUUAAGUAAAAUUCCAUGGGAAACGCUUAUAGUCGAUGAGGGUCAUAGGCUUAAAAACUCUGGUAGUAAGCUUUUUAGCUUGCUUAACACAUUCUCUUUUCAACAUCGUGUGUUAUUAACCGGGACCCCACUUCAAAACAACUUUGGAGAGAUGUAUAAUUUGCUAAAUUUCUUGCAGCCCGCUUCUUUCCCGUCUCUAAAAUCAUUUGAGGAUAGGUUUAGUGAUCUUACAACAGCCGAAAAAGUCGAUGAGUUGAAGAAACUUGUGGCUCCUCAUAUGCUUAGAAGGCUUAAAAAAGAUGCUAUGCAGAAUAUUCCUCCAAAGACUGAACGGGUUGUUCCUGUUGACUUGUCAACUAUUCAAGCCGAGUAUUAUCGGGCCAUGUUAACAAAGAAUUAUCAGGUUUUACGCAAUAUUGGAAAAGGGGUCCCGCAACAAUCAAUGCUGAAUAUUGUAAUGCAGUUGAGAAAAGUUUGUAACCACCCGUAUCUUAUCGCGGGAACUGAACCCGAAUCCGGGUCGGUUGAAUUUCUUCAUGAUAUGCGUAUUAAAGCAUCGGCUAAACUUGGUUUGCUUCAUUCUAUGCUUAAAAUACUGCACAAAGAAGGCCAUCGGGUUCUUAUAUUUUCACAAAUGACUAAGCUUUUAGAUAUUCUUGAAGAUUAUUUGAAUAUUGAAUUUGGGCCGACUGCAUUCGAGAGAGUUGACGGGUCGGUCUCGAUAGCUGACCGGCAAUUAAGAAUUGCACGGUUUAAUCAAGACAAAAGUCGGUUUGUGUUUUUGUUGUCGACCCGUUCUUGUGGGCUUGGUAUCAAUCUGGCAAGUGCUGAUACAGUUAUAAUAUAUGAUUCUGAUUUUAACCCACAUGCUGAUAUUCAAGCAAUGAAUCGGGCCCAUAGAAUCGGGCAGUCGAAAAGACUUCUCGUUUACAGGCUUGUUGUUCGUGCUAGUGUCGAAGAACGAAUCUUGCAGCUUGCAAAGAAGAAAUUGAUGUUAGAUCAUCUUUUUGUUAACAAAUCUGGAUCUCAAAAGGAGGUUGAAGAUAUCUUAAAGUGGGGAACGGAGCAACUUUUUAGUGAUUCUUCCAAAGAUACGGGGGGUGAAAAUAAUGCGGAUAAAGACGAAGCUUCUGUUGAUUUAGAACACAAGAAUAAAAGGCGGGUUGGGGGUUUGGGUGAUGUGUACCAGGAUAAAUGCACGGCUGGCAGUACUCAGAUUGUGUGGGAUGAAGCUGCUAUUUUAAAGUUGCUUGACCGGUCAAACAUCGACGCUGUUUCAACUGACAACGGUGAAGGAGAUUUGGAAAAUGAUAUGCUUGGGUCAGUGAAGUCUCUGGAUUGGAAUGACGAACCAACAGAAGAACAAGGAGGAGCUGAGUCACCUUCAGCAUUAGUUGAGGGUCCUGCCUCCCAAAAUAUAGAAAAGAAAGAGGAUAGUUCAGGAAACAUUGCUGAAGAAAAUGAAUGGGAUAGGCUUCUGAGAGUAAGAUGGGAAAAGUACCAGAGUGAGGAAGAAGCAGCUCUUGGUCGUGGGAAAAGGGUAAGAAAAGCCGUUUCGUACAGGGAAGCAUAUGCUCUACAACCCACCGAAACAUUAAAUCAGAAUGGUGCUGAUGAGGAACCGGAACCAGAGCCAGUACGUGAGUAUACACCUGCAGGAAAAGCUCUGAAAAUUAAGUUUGCUAAGCUUCGAGCCAGACAAAAAGAUAGAUUGGCUCAAAGGAAAGCUUUUAGGGAAUCACUUUCCGCUCAAGGAAAUGAUGGUGUGGGUCCCCUCCAGCCACCAAACGUUGAUGCUCAAAAUGAGGCCCAAGAAGACAAGCCAACGAGCAAGACUGAUCCUAAUCCAAAGCGGGACAAGGGAAAAGAAUCGGUGCAAAGUGGGAGAUUGCUUCCGGUUCUUGGGCUAUGUGCUCCAAACUCUAAGCUGAUGGAGACGGCUAAUAGAAACUCUUCAAGAUUUUCCAGUAGACAAGAGAAGCACACAAUGGGCCUUGAGUUCCCAUUUCAUCUAGCCCCAUACUUUGGGCCUUCCGGUGAGACCCCUGCAAAAGCCCGGGCCAGAUUUAAACAUCCAGAUGCCAGCUCAGAACAGGAGCAAAGAACAUUUACCUCUGCUGAUGUGUUGCAUCUGCGUCCCGAGAUGAUGACAUUGCCCCAUUUACCCUUUGAUAUGACUAAACUACCCUCCCGGGAGCAGAACAUCUCACAUCCCCAUCCAGACUUGUUUCCCAAUCUAACUUUGGGGAGAUCCAUUGGUGACUUCUCUGCAAUCCCAGUGUUGCCCAAAUUGAGAUUCCGGAAAGAUAAUCAUCAUCAAGAAAUGGAUGUGGGCCCUCCUCCCCCGAUGUUGGGUUUGGGCCAGGGUCAGAUGCUGCCUAUGUUUGCAUCAUUGCCUGAAAAUCAUCGGAAAGUCCUCGAGAAUAUAAUGAUGCGGACGGGUACUGGCUCAAGUUCUGGUGCGGGCAAUCCGCUUAAAAGGAAACUUGUCAAGGAUUUUUGGUCUGAAGAUGAACUAGAUUUCUUGUGGAUUGGUGUGCGUCGACAUGGGCGUGGUGGUUGGGAGGCCAUGCUUCAAGACCCGAGGCUUAAAUUUUCAAGAUUUAGGGUAGCAGAAGACCUGGCGGCAAGAUGGGAGGAAGAACAACUCAAGAUCUUGGAUAUACCGGCUCAAAAAGAUUCAAAAUCUGGGAAAUCUCCAGUUUUUCCGGACAUUUCUGAUGGAAUGAUGAAACGGGCAUUGCAUAAAAGCCGGUUUGCUGCUGGUCCACUCGGUUUUCAGCCCCAUUUGACCGAUAUGAAAUUGGGAUUGGAAGAUAAAGUUCCUGAGAAACAAAAUCCUCGUGGCUUUGAAAACGAUCAUUUCCCGACAUGGAAUAUUGAGAGAUUUCCGAUGAACUUUUCUGGAGACUCGGCUUCUGGACCUUCCGAUAGAUUGGAGCAGCAUGUUCUUCCACACCCGUUUGUUUUGGGAUCGCUUGGAUUGAAUGGCUUCGGUUUGUUUAAUUCACAGCAAAAUGUAGGUUUAAAAAUGCCAAAUCUUUUCUAUAGUGGCGGGGCUCUUGAUCGUUCUAAAGGUGAAAAUAUUGGUAAUCCGAAGGGAAAAGAGGUGGCUGACGGUGGUGGUGGAUCAUCAGAAAACAAGUUACCUCAUUGGCUUCGUAAAGCAGUUGGCGGUGGUAGCAGUGUUGACGCUCCUGCCCAACCACAGGAGCCUGAACUGCCGCCAACGAUCUCUGCAAUAGCAGAGUCGGUUCGUUUGUUAUACAAAGAUGAACCACCAACCAUUCCUCCAUUUAUUCCUCCUGGUUUGCCACCUCACCGGCCUGAAGACCCGCGCCAGAUAUUCAAGAAGAAGAAGAAGCGCCGCCACUCACAUGGGCCAGGCCACCAAUCGUCGUUAGAUGUCCCUGGAACUAGCCAUCAACCUCAAGAACUUGCUUCUACUUCAGGAACAUCAGGUACCGAACCAGACCUCAAUGUACCACCACCAUCAGCGCCUCCUGUCAACCAGACUGUGGUCGCUCCGCCAUCUUCACCACCAAGCUCAACCCUACAAGUCUUACAGGAAAGGACAGAAAGCAGGGAUUCAAGCGAGAAGCCAUCUGCUUGUGAUCCAGGAGCAGAGGAGGAGGAGGUUUCAUCUGAAGGGACACCAUGAGAUGAAGAAACCUGAAGAGUUAUAUUAUGGUUCUCCAAUUUUUGUAGGCAUUUGUCGGGAUCAAGUAGUAAAAUACAAGACUUAUAGAUGGUUCUAAAUCAUGUAAAGUAGUAUAAAGCUUAGAAAUAUACAUGAAGUAAAUCAUAUUUCUGUUUUUUCUUGAACAAGUUGGAAAUUAGAUGCAGGACUUGGCUUGUUUGUGCAUGUAUGGUUACUGGUUAACAUUUAGAACUUUGUUAAAUCUCU